GAGACUGUGAAGCAUGUCCUGUUGCAAGCAGUAUGCUGAGGAUAGGAUCACUUUUUCUGUGAGUUGGCUGAGUUAUAACCACAUGUUCGCUUUUAACAAUUUUGGGCUCAAAUGAGAGGCAGAGCGAAAUAGCAAGGAAGCUGUUGUCGUUUGCUACGGGUGUGAGGCUAUUAGAUAUUUAAAUGUGUAAUUCGCACUCCGACCUGAAAAAGGUAGAAAAACGCAAGUCUAGUCUGCCGGAAACGCACAAGAAGAAGAAGAAGAAGAAGAAGGAGAGUCCCGGAACGAAAGAAGCGGUUGCUAUGGCCGACAUGUUUCCAUGUCAACAAUAAAUGGACCUAGCUUCUGCUGAAAAGCUAGCCAGAGGAGAGGGGAAUGGCAGAGACAACAGAGAGCAAGAAAGAGGAGGCCGAUUACAAGAGGCUCCACAGCUUCCCACUCAUCAGGCACACAGACAUGCCAGAGGAGAUGAGAGUGGAAACGAUGGAACUGUGUGUCACAGCCUGUGAGAAGUUUGCCACCAACAAUGAGAAUGCAGCGAAGAUGAUCAAGGAGUCGAUGGAUAAAAAGUUUGGCAGCUCGUGGCACGUGGUGAUCGGGGAGGGCUUUGGCUUCGAGGUGACACACGAGGUCAAGAACCUGCUCUACAUGUUCUUUGGAGGCAGCCUGGCCGUGUGUGUGUGGAAGUGCGCCUAGCACACACACACACACACACACACACACACAACCUGGCUCCCCUCCCAUCCACCCCUCCUCAGUCUGUCUCUACCUAACAAGUGUUUUUAUAUAUGUAUAUACACAUCCUGGAUGAUUCACCCAUCUCUGAGCUAUGCAGUCUUUUUAGUUGUUAUUUACUGAUUGUGUAUGUGUGGUGGGAUUGGGUGGGGGGGGUCUGUGUACAUGUGCUUGCGUGCGUGUGUGAUGUCCCUUACAUCAUUGAUUGAAUAGGCUCUCGUUCUUGAUAUAUUGUAUUCAAUAUCAGCAUGUCACACUCUUGCCUUGUGUGUGCACCUACAGUAUGAAAAUGACCAAAUUUUAUUUGUAUACGAAUGUGAUCAUUUCUACAGAACGGUGUUCACUGCAUGAAGGAGUCUGGUCUCUCUCCUACUAUCCUAUUGAUGGAAUUCAGUGGGGCUGAAACACUUGCACUCUCUUUCCCUAUUACUUUCUGCUCUACUUCUUUAACUCGAGGCGGUGUGUGUGUGUGUGUGUGUGUGUGUGUGUGUGUGUGUGUGUGUGUGUGUGUGUGUGUGUGUGUGUGUGUGUGUGUGUGUGUGUGUGUGUGUGUGUGUGUGUGUGUUCUCAUCAACAUCACAUGCUCACCUGUUUAAAAAAUUUAUCCAGCUCUGUGUCUUUCACACACAAACACACACUCUCUUCGUCUCUCUCAUUGCUCUCAAUUCACACUAUCUCUCUCUGUUUCGCCAAUCCUCUCUCUCUAUAAUCUUUUUUAUCUCCUUCUAUAGUAGUAUACUCUUAGUCUUCAUCUUUCAGACACAAGUCCCAUACGUCACCCUUAUCUGUGUCUCUACCUCUCCUAUAACUGAUAAGAUAGCACAGGGACUUUUAUAUCCUCUCAAUGUACUGUAAAUACUUGAAUGUGAAGAUAGGAUCUGAUUUUGUAUAUGAUCAUCAUUGGGCUUUUUAUGAAAGAGCUUAUUGUUGAAAUAAUAGUUAUUUUCUGUCACGCCAAUGUUACAAGAAUGUCAUGGCUGGGUGUCGUUGUUGUUAUGAAUUUGUAUCAUAACUGAUGAUAUUACAUUAGCUAUUCUGACUCCCUAGGCAUUGCAUCUCAAUGAAUAUCAACUAGGCAUACAGUCUCAUUGCCACAUAGAAACCUUUACGUUGUCAACCGUGGAUGCCACCAGGUUCCAUAACACUGAUGUGUUGUAUUGUUGUUUUCACUUCAACACCGUGUGUUUGCAUAAAUUCAUUGCACAUUAAAUUAUUUCUGAAAGUGA